CACCUCAUAGUCCCUGUCGCGUCCCCACCAAAGUCAACACAACCCACUUCAACCUACUCAUCUCAACCCCCAUCUUCAAACCUCACACACGACCUCCUAUGAAACCCCUCUUCCAUUCCUCUCUCAGAUAAAAAUUGCACUAAUGGCUGACCGCUCUCGCACAACCACCAACGGCGGCGUCUCUCGCAGCCGCAACGGCACCUCGGCCAGCGUCCGUCGCAACCUCUUCCAGAGCCAGUUGACCCGGCGACCUACCGCCAGCUCGUCUGCCUCGACCGAGACGCUGCACCUCGACGUCGACGUGCUCUCCGACACGUCUGAAAUUGUCGUUCGCGACAAGCAUGGCGAGAUUGAGCUUGGCGACCCGCCAACGCCAGUGCUCGAGGAUGAGGACGAGGUGCCGCUGGAUCAUCGCCAAGAGAGUGAGAGUAUGCGCCCCCAGUUUCUAUGUGUGUAUGCCGGCUUGCGACUAGAAAUGCUCAUUGUUUGAUAGAGGAGAGACAACGCUUGGCUGAAGCCGUGAAGCAUCAUCAGAUUAACCAAAGCACUGUUCCUGAGCAGCCCGAAGGUGUGUCCUCACAGCCUCGCUCAUGAGUAAGCAAACAUCGGUCACUAAUACGCAAUCACAGAACUCCUCGAAGCUGUCAGGGCA